CUGCAGACAGGCAGCAGCCAGGGGAGGCGGGGGAAGGAGGCGAGCCUGGGAAUGCGCUGGAGGCAGACCCAGGCUGAGCGCCCGCAGAGCCACCGCGGGAGACAGACGGGGGGAGGAGGCCGGCACUGCCGCUGCUCUGCAUGAGGCUGCAGGGGGUGAGCGGCGGGGCUCGGAGAGAAGCUGGAGACAGCAGACCACUUGUUGUCAGAGGGAAAACUGAGGCAGAUGCAGGAUCAGAUGGGGGAGAGUGAGUGUGCCUGAAGGGGAAGAGAAGCACAAGAGAGACAAGACAAUUGAACAUCACAAGUGGCUCAGUCCCAAAAAAAUUAUGCUGGAUGAACAGUGGAUUAGAACUAAAUUUUAAGAAGGAAAUACAAUCUCAGUCUGACAAUUGUCUUCACUUUCAAAUUCAUCAUGGCCAAAAUCCUCUGGCUGGACGGCUGAGGUGAGUGUCGUACGUUUGCUGUUUGGGCUCAGUGCAUAUCCCUUGUACCUACGGCUCAAAGGACCUGGGAGCAGGUGGGAAUUGGAUGAUGCCAAAUGCUGGAAUGGGGAGAGAAAUGGACUGUGACAAGCUAAGAUGGAAGUGACUUGACAGCUUCAAGCCUAGCAGUUGCCUCUAGUAAGGACAGGUUAAGAUUGGAAUCACAAGUUUCGCUGAGAGAGCAGUAUGCAGGAAGCUGGUUUUCAGGCCACAAAUGCUUUCACAGAGUGCAAAUUCACCUGCACCAGUGGUAAAUGCUUGUAUCUUGGUUCGCUGAUUUGUAACCAACAGAACGACUGUGGGGAUAACAGCGAUGAGGAGAACUGUCUACUUGUAACAGAGCAUCCACCUCCAGGCAUCUUCAGCUCUGAACUGGAGUUUGUUCAGAUAAUCAUUAUAAUCGUGGUGAUAACUGUUAUGGUGAUAGUGAUCAUCUGCCUGUUGAACCAUUACAAACUCUCAACACGCUCUUUCAUCAACCGACAGAGCCAAAACAGGAGGCAGGAAGAAACUUUGCAGCCGGAAGGGUGCUUGUGGCCUUCAGACAGCUCAGUGUCACGACAAGGUGCUUCAGAGAUCAUGUAUGCCCCAAGGUCCAGGGACAGGUUUACCGCUCCAUCAUUCAUGCAGCGGGACCGUUUCAGUCGCUUCCAGCCAACCUACCCUUACAUGCAGCACGAGAUUGACCUUCCUCCGACCAUCUCCCUCUCUGAUGGAGAAGAGCCACCACCAUACCAAGGGCCAUGCACACUGCAGCUCCGGGACCCAGAACAGCAGAUGGAACUCAAUCGAGAGUCUGUCAGGGCACCACCCAACAGAACCAUUUUUGACAGUGACUUGAUAGACAUUUCAAUGUACAACGGGGGCCCAUGCCCACCAAGCAGCAAUUCGGGCAUAAGUGCAACCAACUAUAGCAGUAAUGGAAGGAUGGAAGGACCACCCCCAACAUACAGUGAGGUCAUGGGUAAUUACCCAGGCUCCUCUUUUUUCCAUCACCAGCACAGCAAUGCGCCUCCUUCAUCACAAAGGGGGAGCAGACUUCAGUUUCAGCAGAACAAUUCAGAGAGCACAAUAGUCCCUAUUAAAGGCAAAGACAGGAAACCAGGAAACCUUGUCUAAGUUACUUUCCCAGGUGCACUUGAACUGAAGACAAGAGAAUCAAACAGGAAUUUGGAGGAAAAUCCCCACAUUCCUGUGCACAAUGUUGUUAAGUUACACGUGGUACAACUUAGUAAAACCAAACGUGCAAACCAGUUCUUUGUUUCUGAUUCCUUUCAGGGGAAUUGCAUGCAAAGUGGAUUGAGAUAAUACAAACUUCCAUUCAGUUUGGCCAUGAGCAGUGUUUUGGGGGAAAAUAUAUAUUAUUUUUUUUAAAUAAACUAUUUGAAUUAUUUAAUUCUAAAAGGAAACUUAGCACAGAAAUUAGGCUUGUACGGCCUGUUUUAUAUUAACUGAAUGGCAGAAAGAAGAAAAUGAGAAGAAAGUUUUGCUAGGUAAACGGGAGAAGAAUCGGCCAGUUUGCUUUUUUCUCCCAAGGCGUGGAAUUUUUUUUAUAUGAAUCAAAAUUCCUGUUUUGUGUGCCAAGGUGUAAAGUUGAGAAAUUAGAUGAAUGCAAGGAGUUAAUUUGUGUUGUGAAAAAUGUGUUUUAAAAAGUUGCACUAUCUUAAUGUUUUAAAAAAUAUAUAUCUGAGGGAACUGUUUUACGUGAAGUUCUUCUAUAUGUUGUCUUUUCAAAACCUGUGGAAUAAUGAUUAGACCCCAGGAGUAAUCUGGAGAGUUUGCCCCAUCUGGUAUUUGUCACUGAAAGAGGAUUGUUGAAUUUAGCCUAACACCUAUUGACUUACAUAAAUCAGGAACUACAGGGACACUUAACAUGUUAUUAUCUUUGCAGUAAUUUGCAUUAAAAUAACAGUGCAUCAAUGAAGUGUCUUGGAGACUUUUGGAUGGAAGUAAGCAAACAUGAAAUUCCAGCAUUUCACAUCACUUAGGUUGUUUUAGCUAUUACACAGUUUAGGCCAUUUGUUUCAUUUAAAGCAAAACAUACUAAUUUAUAUUAAUUAUUAACAAAGCACUGUCAUUUUUUUCCCUUUUCGCAAUGCAGUAUCGUUAAUACUUAAGGUUUUAGAGAUUUUGUCUUCAGUGUAGCCUGAAAUAUAUUUAGUCACAUAUCCUGACGUUAUGCAAUAAAUUGUUUAAAAAUG